UUUCAAGCGACAACAAAAGAAACCAUUUUUCCCAUCACCCAUCUGAAUCCCUCACCAAAGUCGCAACCUUUUUCUUCUGGGUCUCCUCCAGAAUGAGCUCCCUUCUCCCCAAAACCAAAAAGCUCUCAUCUUUCAUCACAAGACAUUACCCAAUCCUCAAAACCCUAAUAAACCCACAUCCUUCUCCUCUCCUCCCCAUCUCUCACUACGCAACCCAAUCCUCCAAGUUCCCAGAAUACGAAAUGCCCACAGUCACAUGGGGAGUGAUCCAAGGCAAGAAAGAGAAACUCAUAAACCGAGUCAAAAUCUGCGAUUACCUCAAAACCCUAGGCAUAAUCACCGACGAAUUAGAGCCCAUCGAGCUCCCUUCCACCAUCGAAGUCAUCUCCGAGCGCGUCGAGUUCCUCCAGAAGCUAGGGCUAACCAUAGACGACAUAAAUGAGUAUCCUUUAAUGUUGGGUUGCAGCGUUCGCAAAAACCUGAUCCCUGUCUUAGCUUACUUGGAGAAAAUCGGAAUCUCUAGGUCGAAGUUAGGAGAGUUUGUCAAGAAUUACCCUCAGGUUUUGCACGCUAGUGUGGUCGUUGAGCUUGCUCCUGUUGUUAAGUUUCUUAGAGGGCUUGAUGUUGAGAAGCAGGAUCUAGGGUAUGUGCUGAUGAAGUAUCCUGAGCUUUUAGGGUUUAAGCUUGAAGGGACUAUGAGUACUUCCGUUGCUUAUUUGGUGAGUGUUGGUGUGAGUCCUAGAGAUAUUGGUCCUAUGGUGACUCAGUAUCCUUACCUUUUGGGGAUGAGAGUUGGGACUAUGAUUAAGCCUCUUGUGGAUUACCUUGUUUCCAUCGGUUUGCCGAAGAAGAUUGUGGCGAGGAUGAUUGAGAAGCGUGCUUAUGUUAUUGGGUAUAGUUUGGAGGAGACUGUUAAACCUAAUGUGGAGUGUUUGAUUAGUUUUGGUGUUAGGAGAGAGAUGUUACCUUUGGUUAUAGCACAGUAUCCUCAGAUUCUGGGGUUACCGGUGAAGGCUAAGAUGUCUACGCAGCAGUACUUUUUCAGUUUGAAGCUUAAGGUUGAUCCUGAAGGGUUUGCUCGUGUGGUGGAGAAGAUGCCUCAGAUUGUUAGUCUUAAGCAGAAUGUGAUAAUGAAACCAGUUGAGUUUCUGUUGGGGAGAGCGUUUAAGGUUGAGGAUAUUGCGAAGAUGGUUGUGAGAUGUCCUCAGAUUCUUUGUUCAAGAGUUGAGCUCAUGAAGAAUAGUUAUUACUUUUACAAGACUGAAAUGGGGAGACCUAUGAAGGAGCUAGUGGAGUAUCCUGAGUAUUUUACUUAUAGCUUGGAGUCUAGGAUUAAACCUAGGUACCAGAAGCUACAGAGCAAAGGGAUUAGGAGUUCGUUGAACUGGUUCUUGAAUUGCAGCGACCAAAGAUUUGAGGAAAGGUUGGAAGGGAACUUUAUUGAUGCGGAUACUGAAGGUCCAGUGUUUGACAUGGGUGGGAAGUUAGAUAUGCCUGGUGGUGGUGGUGAGGUUGUGUCUGAUGAAGAUGAUGAUGAGAGUGAUGAUGAUGAAGUUCUAUACAGACGCACUCUUACUUUGUAGAGCUAUUUACUACUCUCUUGUUUCAAGGACUAGAGUUUUUGGAAAUGCAUUGUCUUCUUUGUUCUCUCUGUUCACUUGAUUGUUUAAGUUGUUUCUCAUGAGGUCUCUUAUGAAAGACUCUAAACCUAAUCACUUUUAUUAAGUUUUGUAGAUUUUAUAACAUAGUUUUGUGUUGUAUCUUGUGGAAAACUAACAAAGUAUGAAUGUAUUAUACAGUACUUA